AUGGCUCACCAACGGCCGCCAUCGCAUCUGGGCGGAGGAAGCACGCACCUGUACGGGCACACGUCGUCGAAGCCACGAGCUCGCACCCACGAAGAGUUAGAGCUGGACCUUGGACUCCGAGAAGACGAGGAGGAUCAAGACGUCGAACCGCACUACCAUCAUCUCCCACCGCCGCCGCAACACACGCACCACCGCCGGGCGCAUCAGCAGCAUCAACAUCAGCAGCAUGCCCAGCUCACUCAGCAACAUCAACAGCUUCAUCACCAUCACCACCACCUAUCCGACCAUCCACCGCCAGCGAAAAUGGCAAGAACAAGUGCCGGAUUGGGUGGUGGAGGUGGAGGUGGUGGUGGUGGUGGUAGUAUUGGAGGUGGAGGUGGAGGUGUAAGCCCGGCAAUUGGCAUGCCAGGCCCUUCCACAGCUGUGGCAAGCGCAUCAUCCCACCCGAUGACGAUGCCGUCACCCGCUCCAAGACCUAGAGGUCCCAAACUGAAGUUCACACCCGAGGAUGACACGCUGCUAGUCGAUCUGAAGGAGAACAAAUCAUUGACGUGGAAGCAAAUCGCAGAGUUCUUUCCGGGGCGUUCGUCUGGAACUCUGCAGGUCCGGUACUGCACAAAACUGAAGGCCAAGACGACACAGUGGACAGAUGAAACGGUACAGCGAUUGCGUACCGCAAUCUCGGAGUACGAGCAAGAUCGGUGGCGAUUGAUUGCUGCCAAAGUUGGAAGCGGGUUCUCGCCGGCAGCAUGCAGGGAGAAGGCCCGGGAGAUCUCAGAUACCGAACAUGAGCCAUCACCACAGUAG